AUGGAAAAAUUCACAAACAUUUUCAUUGCGUUUCACCUAUCAGUAUUGAUUAAAGAAGUAUUUUGUGGAUCAGCACAGCUUGAAAGUCAACUAUACGAAGAUCUACUGUAUUAUUAUAAUAAAAUACCACGACCUGUCAAAAAUAGUACGGAUAUUCUUACGGUUAAUGUUGGAGCGUCUUUGAUUCGAAUUAUUGAUGUGGACGAAAAGAAUCAAAUACUGACAACAAACCUUUGGCUGGAAAUGCAAUGGAUUGAUGCUAAGCUAACCUGGAAUCCAGCUAAAUAUGGUGGUCUUAAAACGCUUCAUAUUCCGAGUGAACUCAUUUGGACGCCAGAUUUUGUCCUGUACAAUAAUGCAGCUGGUGAUCCGGACAUAACAAUUUUUACUGAUGCUCUUGUGGCUUAUGAUGGUCGUGUUUUUUGGCAACCACCUGCCAUCUACAAAUCUUUUUGUCCGAUUGAUGUUACAUGGUUCCCAUACGAUUCACAAAACUGUGAAAUGAAAUUCGGUGCUUGGACGUACACGGGUUAUGCCGUUGAUCUUAAGCAGUUACCGAAAGAUCAGGUGGUGAAUGGUACUGACAAUUAUGGUCAGGAUGUGGAAACCAUGGAAACUGGCAUGGACUUAAGCUUUUUUUAUCGGUCAGCCGAAUGGGAUUUGCUGUCAUUGUCAUCGGCACGACAUGCAGUAUUGUAUACGAGCUGUUGUGGACCCGAGAAAUACGUUGAUAUAACUUAUUAUUUUGUUUUACGUCGUAAAACGCUCUUCUACACAUGUAAUCUGAUCGUGCCUUGUUUUCUCAUCUCAAUACUAACUACAUUCGUCUUCUAUUUAUCCGAUCAUAAAAUUACAUUCUCGAUCUCGAUUCUAGUCACUUUAACAGUUUUCUUCUUGGUAUUAAUCGACAUAAUGCCACCAACUUCAUUGGUCAUUCCAAUGUUUGGCAGAUAUCUAAUAACGACAAUGAUCCUUGUCUCACUUUCAACAGUUGUUUCUGUAAUCACUGUUAACUUCCGCUUCAGAAGUGGUUCUGUACAUCGAAUGUCUCCCUGGAUACGUUCUAUUUUCCUUAACUUCCUGCCAAAGGUAUUAUUCAUGUCAAGACCACGUCAGAAGCAAAAAAUCGAUCCUACUGUAAACACACUAAUAGAUGCAAGCUCUUUGGUUGGUAUUGGUCUUACAUCGAGUGGAUGUGCAAUUCGAAGUUCAGUAGUUGCAAAUCGUUUGAGAUGCAGCGGUGAACGCGAACAUAGUGAAGAAUCAACGUUGAUGAACAACACAUCUUUCGAUUGUCGUCCGUCAACGUCGAAAUGCGACUUCAAACGAAUGCAAUCACGCAGUGAAAAACAACGAUGUUAUCAUGCACAGAAUUACGACAAAUCGUUUGACUUCAAACGAAAUCCAUACGGACUCAACUCAUACGAACUACUCAAAUCACGACCAAACAAGUCAUCCUCAUCGUCAGCUGCUUCUACCGCUGAACAAAAGCGCUCUACUUCGAAGCAAACAACCAGAGAUCGUUUCACGUCUUCAUCGUCGUCACCGCAUGAUACAGUUUUAUUCAAUUUGUUGCAACAAGUUCGUUUUAUCGCUGAACAUUUCAAGCAUCAAGAAGAUGAAACAGAGAUCUCUGAUGAUUGGACGUUCGUUGCGAUGGUAUUGGAUCGACUGUUUUUGAUAAUAUUUUCAAUACUCAACGUUGGCACGUUUUUGAUCAUUUUAGAAGCGCCGUCAAUUUAUGAUAAUCGUGAACCAAUGAACAUCACAGUAGCAAGUAAACCUCUUGGACAAGGGAAUGUUCUUAGCACUUCUCAAAGUCACAGUCGUUUUUGA